GGCGGUGCCUACGUGGUUGGCGUGUCACAGACGCGGAGUGAGAGCGCCGCUUAUUGCGGUCACACGCUCGUGGCAAGUGCGUGAGGAGGUUACUUGUGAGCUCAGCCAUCCCCACCUCCUCCCCUUCGGCCCCAGGAACUGAGCGCUCAGGGCGGCCUGGGAGGAGCUGCCGGAAGUACGCCCUCGCCGGUCCCACCUGUUCCGGCGGUCCGCUGCUCCGGUGGCGCCCGCGCCCGCGCAAGCUGCGUUCCGGGCUCCGGGCCGCCCGCCCCGCCCCUCAGCCGCCGCCGCCGCCUCCCCCGCCCGGAGCCAUGGCCGCUGCGGCCGGGGACGGCGCGGUGAAGCCGCUGCAGUGUGCCAUGAAGCUGGCCAACGGGGCCAUCGAGCUAGACACCGGCAACAGGCCCCGGGAGGCAUAUAUGGAAUACCUGAGGAGCAUCCACUACAUCUCCCAGGUGCUGCUGGAAGAAGUGGAAAGCACUAAAGAAGCUGGGGAAACUCUGCCCCCAGACACCUCAAAGAUGCUGAAACUGGCCGAGCAGUGUCUGGAGAGGGCCCAGUCGACAGCUGCCAAGCUUGGGAAAACACACGUGAAGCCAGCCAUGCCUGUGGCUGCUCCUGUCCCCGCACCCACUACCCGACAUCGCCGGGUGUACUCAGAUGAGGGGGGGAAGCUCUCUCCGUUUCUGCCGCCAGAGAUCUUCCAGAAGCUUCAGGUGGUAGAGUCACAAAGCUCUAAGAAGGAGCUAACACCCUUGGAGGAGGCCUCCCUGCAGAACCAGAAGCUGAAGGCUGCGUAUGAGGCCCGGAUGGCCCGUCUGGACCCCAGCCAGGCCAUGCAGAAGACAUCCCUGACCCUGUCCCUGCAGCGGCAGAUGAUGGAGAACCUGGUGAUCGCCAAGGCCCGGGAGGAGACACUGCAGAGGAAGAUGGAGGAGCGCCGGCUGCGACUCCAGGAGGCCGCCAACAGGAGGUUCUGUAGUCAAGUCGCCCUGACCCCGGAGGAGCGGGAGCAGCGGGCCCUCUAUGCCGCCGUCCUCGAGUAUGAGCAGGACCACGACUGGCCGAAGCACUGGAGGGCCAAGCUCAAGAGGAGCCCAGGAGACCUGUCGCUGGUCACCAGCCUGGUUUCCCACCUGCUCAGCGUCCCCGACCACCCCAUCUCUCAGCUCCUGAAGAAGCUCCAGUGCGCGGUGUACCGCGCGCUAUACCCGGUGGUGAGCCGGGCUGCCGUGGGCACCGCCUCGGCCCCGAGCUGCUGCGCCCUGCCCCCGGACGCUGACGGGCUGCUGGCCCCUGGAAGUCGGCGGCUCCGGCCCUCGCAGAGCCUCUACUGCAUGCUCUCCCUGCCUGAGCCUGGCCCGACCCUGCGGCCUCCCAACGACCCCCCUGCCAGUCCUCCUGUACCCCCACUCCACCCCAGCCCCCCUGACAGAGGGACGGAUAGCACCCCUGCAGGGCCGCCCUCACCCCUGGCAGACACCUCAUCCCGCCUGCCACGCAAGGACAGCUCCUUCGAAGACCUAGAACUGUUUUUGGCUACUUCUGAGAGGUGGGGCCAGGGCCCUGGGGGGCGGCCCGAGCCCCAGACCCCAGGGGUGGAGGAGCCAUUGCUGGAGCAGCUGAAGAGCACCGUCAAGGACAUCCACAAUGCCAUCGGCCUGUGUCCUUGGCCCCUUACGGGAGCUGGGUAUGACCCUGUGAGCCCCAGGGAUGAGGGCCCAGAUUCCCUGCUCCAGUCCCAGUCCACAUGGACACAGGAGGGGAUGGUGUGGAGGGAGGACCAGGCAGAGGCCCUUCCCCACGGAGCUGGAAUGCCAACGGUGGCUCUGCCCACACUUAGGCUGGCUCUGGGAGGGCACGAGGAGGUGACAGACAGGCUGCUCUCGCUGAUGCUCCUGGCUUUUGAAGGCCUGAAUACGGCCGCCUCCAAGGACCGCUGCCUGGCCUGUAUCGAGGAGCCCUUCUUCUCCCCGCUUUGGCCCCUACUGCUGGCCCUCUACAGGAGUGUGCACCGCCCCCGGGAGGCUGCCCUGAGCAGGAGCAUGGAGCUCUACAGGAAUGCACCCCCGGCAGCCGUGGGCAUCCCCACCAAGCUCCUCCCUCGGGGCCCUGAGGCCCUGGGAGCUGGUGCCUACCCCUACUGCGCAGCAGCCCAGGAGCUGGGGCUCCUGGUUCUGGAGAGCUGCCCCCAGAAGAAGCUGGAAUGCAUUGUGAGGGCCCUGCGAGUCAUCUGCGCCUGUGCGGAGGAUUACUACCGGGCCCAGGAGGCUGGACCCCAGCCCAGUGCUGCUGCCAUUGGUGCCGAUGACCUGCUGCCCAUCCUGUCCUUCGUGGCGCUGAGAAGUGGCCUCCCCCAGCUAGUGUCGGAGUGCGCAGCCCUGGAGGAGUUCAUCCACGAGGGGUACCUGAUUGGAGAGGAGGGCUACUGCCUGACGUCACUGCAGAGUGCCCUGAGCUUCGUGGAGCUGCUGCCCCGGGGGGCUCUGGGCAAGUAGUGGAGCAGGACCCUCUAGGAGUCGCUGCCUGGGGGCAGUGGGCCAGCUGUGACGGGGCUCUGCAGCUCUCAAGCCGCCGGAACCCAACAUCCGCCCCCAGGGGCUCGAGGAGGCCCCUUUGCUCCUGACAGUGUGGGCCUGAGCUGAGUCAGCUCCCAGGAAGCAGGCCUUUUCUCCCCUGACCCAGCCUCCGAGAGGCCCCAUGCAGGGACACCAGAGCUGCGGACUUCCCUAGGCAUGCUCACCCCUGACGGCUCAACCCACUGACGCCCCAACCCACUGAUGCCCCGCAGGCCCGCCGACCCCAGGGCAGAGAGGGACCGCGGGCCUGGCCAAGGACAGGUCUGGUUUCUCUCCAUUCCCGUCUCCUGAGAGGCAGUCACAGCUCCCUGAGCCAGUUUCUCGUCAGUCAAGAAGAGAGCCUGUCAUCGCCCCCACCCCGCCCUGAGGCCUGGGGCCCAAGUGGUUUGAGACUGCUGUUUAUUUAUUGGGUAUUGACCACUCCACUCUCCCCUGGAUGCCCAGGUGUCCUUGGGCACCCCCUGUGUCUGGGGUCUCAGAGCCACACUCCUACCCUAGGCACUAGGCACUGGACAUCCCAAGACCCCUGGCCAGUUCCCACCCCUGCACAUUUCCUUCCAGGUGGGUGUGAACCUGAGAGUCAGCACGUGCCAGCAGCCCGCUACCCAUUCUGUUACCUGCCCCAGGAAGCUGCUGACCCAGCCAAAAAUAAAGAGGUCACUGAUGUCUCA